UCCCUUCUGUUUUGGUAGAAUCUAUUAGCCAGGUGGCAAGGUCAAUUAGGAGAACUCCAGCUGGCAACUCGUAUCUCAUAGUAGUUGCAACUCUGUGGGUGACAAACAAAGUAAACAAAGCCCAUUGAAAGUUGAAUAAUUUAAACGAAAGAUGGAAAAAGAGCCCAAGUCCAUUAAGGAGGACUCUUCCUUCGAGGAGGCCCUGCCUGAGACCAAGGUGCAAGAACCGGAGGAGAGCGGCAGUUCGAACGGAGAAACCGACGAAGAAGGUCAGCAGCAGGAUCAGAAAAAUGUGGACUCCAUCAUCGCGGAGAUGGACGAGAAGGAGGACAAGGAGCAGGAGGAGGCAGGUGGCCAGCAGAAGCAAAGCGAGGAGGACCUUCGCAAGAUGUAUGAACUUAGUCUCCUCUCGCCCGCUGCCAUGGCAGCUCACAUCCAGCGCUUGGAGAAGGAGGUGUACGAGCUGAGCCAACUGGAGGCCAGGGAGCUCAACCGGAGCAAACACCUGCGCAUCUUCUGCAAUUCGCGUCGUCGAGCCAACAAGUGAACGAGUCACAGGCAAAUCUGCUUACCGAGUGUUCCACGAUGACUUUGAUGGUAUCGAAUAAAGGGUCG